AAGUUGUUGCUUAAUGAUACUAAACCUGGAAUAGAUGAGGGACAACAGUCGUGGUAUCCAGAGCUGUUCUACGCUUUUGUAAGGAAUGACGAUUCCAGUGGUUUGUCAUCAGAAAUUAGGGGAACUUUUCGCAGUUCACAGUGCAAACGUGUUUCCUGUAAGUUUAUUAAUGCUGAUGGAAUAUGUUCUAGCUGUGCAAACAUUCCAAACUUGCCAUCAUUUCGAAAGCGCCUUCUUUUAAGGAUUAAUAAAACGGCAGAUACUGGUGAACGAAACCUAAGCUGCGUUAGAAAUGAAUAUCUCACAAGUGAAGAAAUCGUUGAGAAAGUAACACAACAAAGAGCAAAACUGGACAGCUUAGAGUCAAAACUGUUUUUCGAAACCUCCAGGAAUUUGCGACUCAAGAUGCGCCAAAGAAAUCUGAAAGAAAAACUAGAAGAGUAUGCGAAACGUGGGUCCAUGAAAGCUAUUUGCCACAAUCUUGAAAAAGCCUCCGAACAGGGGCUAUUCAAUGACAAAACAGUUCUCAGGGAUUUCUUGACUACCAUCUCUAAGAAUCUGCAUGUGAAAAAGCAGGGGAAACGUUAUAAGGCCUCCACAAAGCUUUUCUUUGAAGUUGUUCUUAUCUGGGGUGGUCCCAGAUUGGCUACAUUUGUUGCACCAAAUCUGUUUGGACCUGAAAUACACUCUCUCUAUAGGUGGCGCAAUCGUGACCGCAUACAUUGGAAGGUGGAAUAAAUUGUGCCGACAUGUCAAAUAUUGCAGUUAUCUAUAGAGAGUCGAUUGCCAAGUAGUUUAAGAACAAAGCAAGUUUAGUUCCAGUUUUGGCUGCUGAAGACGAAACUGCAGUUAUCAGCAAAGUUACAUACAGUCAGGAAAAGGACGAGUUGUUAGGGUUCUGUGGUAUCAAAGGCGCAAACCAUCAGUGCCUU